AACGCGAAUCUACCUCUCUCUCUCUCUCUCUUCUCUUCGAUAGCGAAAUCGAAUUACGAAAAAACAAAACAAUCCAAACCACAUUAAAAAAGAACGGAUCCGAGAAACCACGCACCUGAAUAACUGAAACCCUAGCCCUAGCCGCGUCUUAUCCUCUCUCUCACUCUCUUCCCACCUUGUAUCCGUCACGUGAACUCUGUAACACAGUAGAUUUUAAUUAAUUAGGGUUAGGUUUAGGGUUAGGGUACAAUUAGGGUUAGGGUUUUUGAUCUUAUGUGCAUGCGAAGGUAUUUUGGGGCCGACAUAGAUUAAAAUUAGAAUUAGAAUAGGGUUAGGGUUAGGGUAAAGGUUUGUCUUAGGGGAUGAUGGAAUGUGGCGGUGGUGGAGUUGGAGGAGGUGGUGGUGGUGGUGGUUGUUUUUGGUGAUGAGCGGAGAUUUUCGAUGUCACAAGCAGAAGAAGAUGAUGGGUAGGGGUGCGGACGGAGGUUGCGGCACUGAUGAAAGGCCUUGCCGCCCUGCUGUUUCUAAAAUUCCGGCUAAAAUUCCGGAAGCUACCAAAGAUAGCAGCAGUGUUGACUUAUUUUCGCAGGCUCGGAAGGCGCUUUCCGAGCGGUCCCCUUUUGAUGUUGCUGAAGAUGGAGUUUUAAGUGAGACUAAUUUACCCAGUGUUUUUGCCAGUUUGUUAAAGCAAUCUGAUAGUAGAAAGCGGCACAAGUCUCACUCGGUUGCGGAUAAGAAGUCUUCUACCAAGAGCGAGAGGUCUAAAGGCAAAGGUGGUAGUAUUUGGGUCGAGACUGAGGAAUAUUUUAGGGACUUGGCAUUGCCUGAUAUCGAUGCUUUAUCUGAGGUAGCUUCCGUUAGUUCUUUAGCUUCUAAGAAGUGUUUUCUGAUUCCGUUUCGUGGAAAUGAUGAUGGAAGUAAUGCGAAUGUGAGUGGAGUUGAGUGUGUUAGUUGCGGGAAUGGCGAUGCUAAUGGGGUUGUUACUAAGGAGGAGUUUAAAGAUGAUGGUGAUAAAGAAGAUGAUAAACAGUUAAUGGAGAUUGAUGGCUGUGGGGACGAUAGUUUGAUUAAUGAAGAAAUGAGUUCUUCUAGUGCGGAUUCCUAUGUAGGUUUAGAGUGGCUAUUAGGUUGUAGGACUAGGGCUUUGUUAACUUCGCAUCGGCCUUCAAAAAAGAGGAAGCUUUUAGGUGGUGAUGCAGGAUUGGAGAAAAUUUUGAUCGGUUGUCCUUGUGAAGGGAACACGGGUCUAUGCGACUUUUGCUGCAGUGGUGAUACGGGGAAAGAUUUCAACAAAUUGAUCGUUUGCAGUUCUUGUAAGGUUGCAGUUCAUCAGAAGUGUUAUGGCGCACUGGAGGCUUCAGAUGGUUCUUGGUUAUGUUCUUGUUGUAAGGAAAAGAAGAAUGAUAACGGAAAUUUAGUGAAGCAGCCAUGUGUGGUUUGUGCAAAGCCAGGGGGUGCUUUGAAACCUGUUCUUGGGAGGGUUGAAGAUGGAGGGUCUGUGGAAUUUGCUCACUUAUUUUGUUCUCUGUUGAUACCUGGAGUCUUUAUAGAGGACAUGACGAAGAUGGAGCCAAUUAUGAAUUUGGAGGGAAUACAAGAAACCAGAAAGAAAGCAGUGUGUAAUGUGUGCAAAAUGAAGUCGGGAGGUUGUGUCCGCUGCAGUUAUGCUUCUUGUAGAAUUUCUUUCCAUCCUAUGUGUGCAAGGGAGGCAAGGUACAGAUUGGAGGUGUGGGGAAAAUAUGGAUGUGAAAACGUUGAGUUACGGGCUUUUUGCUUAAAGCACUCAGACAUCCAGGACAAAAGUAGUAACCCACACAUGAGAGAUCCCCGAUCAGCUAUUGGCAGUGACUCCUCGGGUUCCAAUCAACUUCUAGGGACUUUGCCAAUGAACAAAUUACAAAAGGUGAAGAUCUGUCGAAAAAAUGGAGAUAAACUUGCAGUUCACAUGGAUGCUUCUGAUGCCAAUUCUGAUAGAUCCAGUGACAGUGAAGAGCGGGGGUUGUCUGGUUCCAGAUUAAAUGGUGCAACUAUGUCUGAAUGUGGUGAGGCUCAGGGAAUGUUAUUAGACAAAAGCGAUAGUGAGGAUGUUAAUCCUUCUGGCUCCUUAAAUUUUGCUGUGAUUUUGAAGAAGUUAAUUGAUCGUGGAAAAGUCAAUGUUAAAGAUGUAGCAUUGGAGAUUGGCAUUUCCCCUGAUUCAUUGAAUACAACACUUGCUGAUGGUAGCCUGGGUCCUGACAUGUUAUGCAAAAUAGUCAAAUGGUUCAACAAUCAUGCAUGUUUGGGUAGUUUGCAGAAAAACUUUAAAUUUAAGUUAAAAUCCUCAAUUUCUUCCAAGGCUGAGACUGAUGUUGCUGAUCCUGAUGGUGUAAUGGUAUCAGAGCCUGAUAUUUCAGAUCCUGUUGCCGUUAAGUCAGUACCUCCACGUAGAAGAACCAAAAGUAGCAUGAGAAUUUUGGGAGAUAAUAAAGUAAUAUGCUUAUCUGAUGAGAUCUUGGGUGACAAUGGGGUAAUGAAGAAUCAGGUAAAAAUAGAUCAAAUUGACAGUGAUGAAGCAGUGAAUUCAUGCAAAGUAUCCAUACCAGAUGCCACUGAAAAGAGUUCAACCAAUCCUGAUAAUGUUGAAGAUUCUCAGGCAAGGCACUCACUGAAGUCUGAAGGCAACUCAGUUAAACCCUCAGAUUGCAGCUUUUCUGAAAAAUGUCAGCCAGAGGAGGCUGAAAUUCCUGGACAGAAUUUAUUGGUGAAAGCAGAUCAGGAAAAUCCUCUUUGUUCAACUGUGAAUCUGCUUAUCCCUGACAUAAUCAAGACAGAAGCUUCUGGUUUUUAUGUGCACCCAUAUUUGCAAAAAGCAUUUAUGCUGAUGCAGAGUGGGAUGCUUUCAAAGAACCAAGUACAUGAAUCAGAUGGUUCAGGUGAGGGAGAAAUAUCCCGUCUGGAGGCAUCUUCCAAUGCCAGUGUUUGUUGUAAUCACCAUAGUCAACAUCCGAAGUGCAAUGAUGCGAUCUGUAAAUUUGACGGAGUAAAUUUAGAGCAGUUGGUUAAAGCUAGGAAAUUGGGAGUUUUAGAAUUGUCUCCCCUAGACGAAGUGGAAGGGGAAAUUAUUUAUUUUCAGCAUAGGUUACUUGGCAAUGCAGUGACUAGAAAGCGGUUUGCUGAUAAUUUGGUUUCCAAGGUUGCCAAGAGUCUACAACAGGAGAUUGACAUAGCACGGAUGCGAAGAUGGGAUGCUGUGCUUGUUAACCGAUAUCUAUGUGAACUUAGAGAAGCAAGGAAGCAGGGAAGGAAAGAGAGAAGGCAUAAAGAAGCCCAGGCUGUGCUAGCUGCCGCAACUGCUGCUGCAGCAGCUUCUUCUAGGAUUUCAUCAUUUAGAAAAGAUGCUCUCGAAGAAUCUUCACCUCAGGAGAACUUAUUGAAGUCAAAUUCUCAUAACGGAAGGGCUGGCAUUAGUUCACAGGUGAUGCCUCGGGCUAAGGAGACACUUUCAAGGGUGGCUGUCCCGAGGGUUUCAUUGGAGAAGUACUCUGAUUUGGUUCAUCCAGUCUCAGAUUUUUCUAAAGAACAUCCUAGAUCAUGUGACAUUUGCAGACGCUCUGAGACAAUAUUGAACCCUAUAUUAGUCUGUUCAAGUUGCAAGGUUGCUGUACAUUUGGAUUGCUAUCGGAGUGUUAAAGAAUCUACAGGUCCUUGGCACUGUGAAUUAUGUGAAGAAUUAUUAUCGUCUAGAUCAUCUGGAGCUCCAUCUGUCAAUUUUUGGGAGAAACCUUUUUUUGUUGCAGAAUGUGGUUUAUGUGGUGGCACUACCGGUGCUUUUAGGAAAUCUGCAGAUGGUCAUUGGGUGCAUGCCUUCUGUGCUGAGUGGGUCUUUGAGUCAACAUUCAGGAGGGGACAAGUAAAUCCUGUUGUGGGAAUGGAGACUGUUUCAAAAGGGACUGCUGUUUGUUGUGUCUGCCGGCACAGAAAUGGUGUCUGCAUAAAGUGCAACUUUGGUCACUGUCAGACCACAUUUCAUCCCACCUGUGCUAGAAGUACUGGGUUUUACAUGAAUGUAAAGUCUACUGGUGGCAAUUUCCAGCACAAGGCUUACUGUGAAAAGCAUAGCUUGGAGCAGAGGGCAAAGGCUGAAACUCAAAAACAUGGGGUUGAGGAAUUGAAAAGCAUUAAGCAAAUCAGGGUUGAGCUAGAGAGGUUACGCCUCCUCUGUGAGCGAAUCAUCAAACGUGAGAAGAUAAAGCGAGAGUUGAUUCUUUGCUCUCACGAUAUACUUGCUUUCAAAAGAGACCAUGCUGCUCGUUUGGCACUGGGCCGCACUCCCUUUCCACUUCCAGAUGUUAGUUCAGAAUCUGCUACAACUUCACUUAAAGGUCAUACCGAUGAUUAUAGAUCAUGCAGUGAAGCUCUCCAGCGUUCAGAUGAUAUAACUGUGGACAGCAGUACUGCUGUUAAGCACCGAAUUAAGGUUCCUCUGUCCAUGGAAGCUGACCAAAAGACAGAUGACAGCUCUACUUCACAAAAUCUUUUUACCCAAAAACCUUUGGAGAGGUUGACAUUUUCUGGGAAACAAAUACCUCACAGACCUCUUUUAUCACGUAGUCUCUCAAAUGAAGAGGAAUGGAGCUCAAAAGCUCGAAAGCAUUUCGAAACAUUUGAAAAAGAAAUGGUAAUGACAUCAGAUGAAGCAUCUAUGAAGAAUCGGAAAUUACCUAAAGGGUAUUUGUUUGUCCCUCUUGAUUGCCUUCCAAAGGAGAAGCAGAUCAACCACCAUACAUCGUCUGUUGAACCGGUGGAACCUGAUGACUAGACUGACAAUUACUGGGCCGUCUAUGUGCCAAUCGGAGGUUUGACAAUUUUACCUUGUCCCAGAUAACUGCAUUCUGCUCGGGGCCUGCUAUAUUUAUUUGAUUUUGAUGGCGGAGUGUCGGUGGAAUUAAUGCUUAUAUGUUGCUGGCCAGUGUGUACUCACGAGUGGGAGUGACAUUCUGGUUUGGGUGGGGAAGUUUUGGAAUCAUUGUUGUAUAUUCAUUGUGAGAGUAAUUGUACAGUGGGUGAGAGUUUAUUCCAAAUCUCAUUUGUAUUGCGAGGGGCUCCAUGUUCAUUUUAUUGAUGUUUGUCGCUUUGGUUAGGGGAUGGUCAUGGAGAGGGCUGAACAGAAGCUCCUCUUCAUGUAUCUGUAUGCAAGGAAUUAAAUGAUGUCACCUACUGUGUUGCUCUGUAAAGUUAGUGUAUAUAUUCUCACAGUAAGAAUCCUCAAAAGAAAUUGCGUUUAAAAUCA